AUCUCACUUUGUCUCUCGCUCACACCCACUCACCCUCACACACUCCUGAACUCCACACACACUCUCUCUCUCUCACUCUCUGCCUCUCUCCCUCUCAAUCCCCCGUACAGAGCAGUGGGACCGGACACCACCAGGGUAAAGGAAACAUGAGUUACUCCGGCGACAUCUACAGCAGCAGCAGCUCCUAUCGGAAGAUUUUCGGAGAUGCCCCCCGGUCCGGCCGCGUGGGUCUGGGCAGCAGCAGCAGCAGCCCGUCCCGCCUGCACUCUGCGGGAUACCGCAGCACCCACCGCACCUAUGGUUCCCCCUCCGCGAUGUCCUCCACCAACUACCGCAGGACAGCGGCUUCUGGCCGCCUCUUCUCCUCCAUGCCGGACUCUGCCAUGGACCUUACCCAGACCACCGCGGUCACCAACGAGCUCAAGAUCGUCCGCACCAACGAGAAGGAGCAGCUGCAGGGCCUCAACGACCGCUUCGUGUCCUUCAUAGAGAAAGUGCACAACCUGGAGCAGCAGAACAAAGUCCUGGAGGCAGAGGUCACGAUGCUGCGCCAGCGCCACAACGAGCCCUCGCGCCUGCACGAGCUGUACGAGCAGGAGAUCCGCGAGCUGCGGGCGCGCGUGGAGGAGCUGACGCACGAGAGGAGCCAGAUGCACCUGGACUGCGUGCAGAUGAACGAUACGCUGGAGCACGUGAGGGAGAAGCUGGAGGAGGAGACGAAGCUGCGCGAGGAGGCGGAGAACACCCUGAAGAGCUACCGGAAGGACGUGGACGACGCCACCCUGGCGCGCCUGGAGUUGGAGAAGAAAGUGGAGUCGCUGCUGGACGAGAUCGCCUUCCUCAGGAAAGUUCACGAGGAGGAGCUGCAGGAGCUGCAGGCGUCUCUGCAGGCCACUCAGGUGUCAGUGGAGAUGGACAUGAGCAAACCGGACUUGACGGCCGCCCUGAAGGACAUCCGGGUCCAGUAUGAGAACCUGUCGGCCAGGAACCAGGUUCAGGCAGAAGACUGGUACCGCUCCAAGUUUGCCAGCGUGAACGAGGCCGCUGCCCGCAACCAGGACGCCGUCAAGCACUCAAAGGAGGAGCUGAGCGAGUACCGCAGGCAGGUGCAGGCCCGCACCCUGGAGAUCGAGGCCCUCAGGGGCCACAACGAGGCCCUAGAGAGGCAGAUUGCUGAGAUGGAGGAUCGACACAACAAUGAAAUGGGAGACAUGCAGGAUACCAUUCAGCAGCUCGAGGCGGCACUGCGCAGCACCAAGGGAGAGAUGUCCCGUCACCUGCGCGAGUACCAGGACCUGCUGAACGUCAAGAUGGCGCUGGACAUUGAGAUCGCUGCCUACAGGAAGCUGCUGGAAGGCGAGGAGUGCCGCCUCAGCUCCGUUGGUGGGGCCAUGGUCCAGUCGGGCUACCAGGGCUUCUCCUACAUGUCAGCCCGCUCCUACGGCCUCGGAGCCUACAGGAAGUCUGAGGCCAGGCCUGAGGAGGAGGAAGAGGAGGCCGAAGAAGAGGGGGAGGAGGACGAGGAGGACGAGGAGGAGGGAGAGGAGAACAAAGAGGAGGGAGAUGACCAGGAGGAGGGUGAGGGAGAGGAGGAUGAAGAGGAAGAGGAGGAGGACGAGAAGCAGAAAGAAAAGGAGAAGAAGAAGGAGACCCCCGCCGGCAAGACCAGCAAGAGCUAAACCGCUAGUGUCAACAUCAUCUUCAUCAUUAUCAAUAACACAUUCCUCAUCCUCAUUCCAAUCACUUAUAUGGAUCUGGUCUCUGUUCACGUCAUCUCUGUCAAACACAGUUCUGCACACCGUCGGCACCGUCUAUGUUUGCUCUGUAAUUCAGAAGUGAUUUUUUUAGCUUUAUUAGCUGGAGAAUGAGCUUUAGAAGGAAAUAGAUGCAUUACAAUGACAGAAGAGUUUAGGUCAUAAACACACUUUGCGGAGGUCGUCGUCAUUUUUCAUCACAUCGGAAAGCUAGCAUGACGCCACUCAUUUCCUUUAGUUUGAAACAACAAUAAAUGUGCCAUUAAUGAACAAUAUUUACAGGAAGAGCAAUCAAAACCUUGAAAGUUACACAUUUUGUCAGCACACAGACUUUAAGAAGUCAGCCAGCCCAACUUUUACGGUGCUAUUUGAUUUUUACACGUAAAAGUUGGAGAGUACUGUAAGUUAAAAGCGAUUUUAUCAUCGAGCGAAGCUCUACCAGCUCAUUCCUAAAGGUCGGCUUGUUACACAGGAACGUUUCGAGGAAAGACCGCUUCUAUCGGAACUGUGAGUCCAACCCCACAUUUCCCACAGAAGGUGAAAGCUUUUCACUCCCCUCGUUCUUCCAUCGCGCUCCAGUUCUGCAUCUCAUCCCACCAUGACAGACGAAAAUGUACCACUUACCAAUCGAGCCCCUUUCUCAUUCUCUUUAAUUCACUGCAGUGUCACAGCACGGCAAUAAUGGAGCUCAGAAAAAAAACAACUGUACAUACAAAUGUGUUGGGAGAGUGGGUGGUUGUUUUCCAGUUGCUGGAAAGGAGGAGUGCUGAAACUUCUCCGCGAGGGAAUGCAUCUUUGGGAAUGAAAACAUAGGGUUUAAAUUGCUGCUAUAUAUAUAUUUUUUGAUUCUUUGAUUGAUUCAUUUGUCAAUGAAUGUAUCGGCCUGUCAGAGUUUAUUACAACUCUGCAAGUCUAUUCCUGCAUUUCCCUUUUUAAUUUCUCCUUCUACAAAAUGUAGUGGUACUUUUGUUUCACGUAGCGUGUCUGUCGCUGUCAGGCAGCUGAUGAUGACACUGACGGCCCUCAGCUCAGACUGUAAGUGGCAGGAGGAGCAGAAGCCGCAGGAGUUGUGGCCGAAUGGUUCAGAGUCGCAUACGAGGGCUACUUUCACCACCCUCCUCUCACUUUACUCUGAACUGUUUUAUUUCACCAGUGUUCAUCAGUUUGUCCUCUGUUUUUGUUUUUUGUUUAGACAAAUGAAUCAACCAACGGGCAUGAAUGCAUGGCCUCACUCUUUGAGCUUGAAUAUCUGCUGGAUGGGAUAGAUGUUUUGCUUGUUGUGUGUUAAAUUAAGAAACUUGCCUUAAUCAUGACUGACAGUUCAAAUAAAAGAUGUGAUCCCCUCCAUCUCACUUGUUUUUUGAGAGGCUGAGGAGUGCUGAACCUUUCCAGACCUCUGCUAUACAACUGUGACUGUAUACGUGCUGCUAUCUCACGCAGUGAUAUUCCUCUCAAAGCCAAAUAAAGACAUUUAUGAACCAA